AUGAAAGUCCUCAUACGCGACUACUUUGCUGUUAGUUCUGAAGGAUCAAAAAUAUGCAUUGAGAUCCUGAAAUCUAUCAUACAAGUUCGAUCCAACUAUGCACCAAUUCAACAAAUUCUCAACAUUGUCCUUCAAGAUUGUCCCCAUCAAUCUAAUGUUGCCAAUGAUUCGAAGCUAUCUAAUCUCAUUACCCACAACAAUCCAUUCUUUAACAUUAGCAAUAAAGAUUUUGAGGUGAUAAGCGAAAAAUAUUCAUCAGCUUUACAUAAGAUGAAAAUAAGGAGGAGAAAGGUAGAUAGGAAGAUAAAGCUCAUAAGUUACUUCAACAAAGCUUCAGGAAUAUGCUUGACUACAGUUUGUGGUUUUCUUGCGGUCACUGCCAUGGCUUUAGCAGCCCACACCCUAAGUGCACUUGUCAUGGGACCAAUGAUCUUUAGCCUACCCUUGAAGUCAUUAAAGAAGAAACUUGGAAGUUUAUAG